AUGGAUCACGGCCCUCCUGCGCCACCACCACCGCUGGGUGACGAAGCCUUCGGAGCAGUUAUCCAAUUAGCGAAUGCAGCUUCCCGUCCAGAUCACGAGCAGAACCACAAUUCCACCAAUCCCCACCACUUCCACCACCAACAUCCCAGUUCCAACAGUGCUCAUACUCCCUCCCCGCGCGUUUCCAAGGGCCGAGGAGACGACAUGAGUGAAAAUCCUCGUUCAUCCAAACAUGUGCGGAUGGAGAACGAAUCACCACACAACAGUGUCGAUGCCCCCUCCCUGUCAUGGGCACCCACUGCGCCACCCGCCUACCCCGGACACGGGCUUGACCACAACGGCAUGCCGACGCUGCAUCACAGCGCUCCAAGCCCAUUUGACCCCACAGCGCAUGAUGUGAGUGCCUAUGGUGAUACCUCAGGUGUUCAAAGUGAUCAAAGCCGCAUGGCGCCACCGCCACCAGCGGUCGCAAGCCCGACCUCGGAGCAGAACAAGCACCUCACAUCUGAGCAGACAGGACUCGUCGGCGCGCGGGGGAAGACAGGCAUGACGCGCACCCUCAGUACGAGCCGGCGUGCCGAGCAGAAUCGCAAUGCUCAGCGCGUUUUCCGCGAGCGCAAGAACAAGUACAUUGCCGACCUGGAAAGCAAGGCGGCGUCGCUUGAAAGCGCGUUGCUUGCCGCUGAAGAGCAUCGCCGCCGGUUUAAUGAGGCGAUCGAAACCAUCGAGAUUCUCAAACGCGAUAAUGACACGCUUCGUGUGGCCUUGCGUGCGCUUGGCGGCCACCAAGCCGUGCCAAAUGCACCGGCUCUACCGAUCGAUCGCCCCGCGUCGCAUGCGCCUACCCUACUCCCAACAUUUGCACAGCAACAUCCUGGUGCGCCAGGCGCGCCUCCGCGUGGUGUGGACCAGCACGAUGCCACGCACGCACAGAGCCAAGGGGGCAUGCACGACACGGCAGAACAGGCACAGGAUCCAGCUACAGCCGCAGCUGUGGCGGCGGCCGCGUCAGGCGGCGCUCCGUACUGGCUCCUUGAAGCGGUUUCCAAUGCCAAUCAGCAGCACGGUUUUCAUGUUCCCAACCACUUCUCAUCACAAUUAGGCGACAGUGGCAUGCCGCCGCCAGGUCCUCCCACACAGAUCCACCCAAACGACCCUAAUGCGAUGCGCGCACGUGGUGGCAUGCCACCCCAACGUGCAGAGAGCAUGCUGGAUCCGUCGCUUGAACAUGCGGCACUGGGUGAUGCGCCACGGCCGCCUAGCCGUGUGCAUGGCGAAGACAACAAGACGAAUGACAGUGGCAUGGACGCACCUGGCAACCCGGAUAAUCUAGCGUCAUUGAGCGCUGUCGCGGCCGCAGCUGCAGCCGCAGCGGCUUCCCAAAAGGUGAAUACGUAA